AUGAGCUUUGGAAAACUGAUUAAACUUCACGCGCGUGGAGGGCCAAGCGAUGACUACGAUGGGCCGGAUGAAGCGGAUCUGGAUAUGGGACUGAUAGUGUUUACUAUGAUGUUCAUGUUUUUGACGUACUUGUUAUCGAUUUUGAUAUAUUUCGUUUCGAGAUGGCUUGUGCGUAAAGUAUUCACGAACAGGAUUUCGUUGCACGAGGAAAGUGCCCUCGGUGGCCAUAGACGCGGGGAUCUUUCUAUGGAUAGGUAUUUGGACGAUCAGAACGAGGUGAAGGAUUUGUUGGAGAGUCUUACUCCGGAAGAGCAGUUCUAUUAUAAGCAGGGUGAAGAAUACGUGAAACAAAACCCACCGCUUAUCAUUCCCUAUACUCCUAAUAACAACGGUAGUGAGAAUAGGGAUGAGAUAGUCCCUGAUCCCAUAAUAAAUGAACAAACGUUGCAGUAUAUUGAGGAAGAAGGGACUGCUGCAUGGGAGUUCCAAGCUGAUCCGAACUUGCCAAAUGAUACAGUUUUGAUACAAGAAAGAACGGAACUUACCUUUUUAAACUACAACUACGAUGCAUCUGUGAUGUCCACAUUACCAAUACCCAGACUUAACAAAGUGUAUUAUUAUGAAUGUAAAAUAUUCGAGUUGAAUCAGGGCAAAAACCAUUUGAGCGAUAAUGAAAUGAUUUCUAUCGGACUUUCUGCCUCACCAUACCCAUACUUUAGAUUACCUGGACGGCACCAUCAUUCUGUGGCAUAUGACAGCGAUGGAUGCAGGAGAAUGAAUUCCUCUUUUCCGGUGUCUCCAGAACUGCAGUCCCUUUUCCCCAGAUUUGAAAAGGGGGAUAUUAUCGGUAUUGGGUAUAGAACAAGAAGCGGGACUGUGUUCUUCACCCACAACGGGAAAAAAUUAAAUGAGAAGAAGGUAGGUGGACAUAUUAAAGGUUGGAAACUAAAAUAUCUAUAUCCGAUAGUGGGUUCUAAUGUUCCUUGCAAGAUUCAUGUCAAUUUUGGUACAUACGGUUUCGUUUAUAUUGAAGCCAACGUGAAAAAAUGGGGAUACUCUAAAAAUGUUGGUGUCAAAUUACCUCCCCCAUCCUAUGAAGAAUAUGAUCAAGAUGUUCUGUUGGAAAGUGCGUAUGAAGAUGACGCAUCAGAUUCAGAAAGUAUAACGAGCAGUUCCAUCAGCGAACGAAUCACAGAUGAGUCCGGAAAUAUUCUACCGCCACCGCCAGGUUUUGAGUUCAGCACAUCUGUACCUAGUGAAAUAGCUGCAGAUGCAAUUACCAUGGACUCGCUUCCCGUAGAGCCACCGAUAUAUACUCCUUCAGAAGAACAACAAGAACAGCAAGGUAACGAUGAACUAGAAGCAGAAACCGAGGAGGAACGUGUUGUCAAAAACAAUACGAUAGCAAAUCAGUGUUUAUAA